AUGUUCAUAAUGCCAAUUAUGAUGAUCAAUAUUUUGAUCGCAAUGAUGGGUAACACCUACACGACUGUUAUUGCCCAAGCAGAAAAAGCAUGGAAGCAGCAGUAUGCCCAGAUCGUAAUGGUGCUGGAACGUUCAGUACGCAAAGAGAAAUUAGCUGCAUGUCAAUUGGAAUAUAGUAUUCGACUGAAUGAAACCAAUGAUGCUGGCAUGGAGAUACGUGGUCUGAUGGUUAUUAAACAGACCAAAAAAACACGUGCGAGACAGAGGAAACAAGCGAUCACAAACUGGAAGGUUGGUCUUGCACUCACCAACCUGGUUGUGACAACAACCACCAAUACGGCGAUGACAAUUGAACGGCCGGUAGGGCGUCGAAUAAUCCGAGGUGUGGAUAUGGUAUCUUCGUUGGAAAUGCCGAAUAUGCCAGCCGUAUGUACGCCACCGACGAGACAAUUCUCGCCUCGAAUUCGAUCUGAUAUGUUUCGCCGUAAGGAUAGCCCUGGUACGGAUUCAUCGUCGAAUCAUUCAAAUAAACAAUGGAAUUAUGACGGAAAUGGAAAUGAGGAGAAUAAUACGGUGAAAAAUGUGAAUAUCGAAAUGAAUGAAACCGCUUGA